GGCAGCAACCUUCUCUCUACUCCUCAACCACAAAAACAACUUCAGAAAUGGAUCGAGCCCGGGUCUACCUGGUGACAGGAGGAUGUGGUUUUAUAGGGGAGAAGAUCGUAGAGCUCCUGUCUCAAGAAGACUACAUCAAAGAAGUCAGAGCUUUUGAUUCAGUAGUAAGAGAAGAAGUAGAAAAAUUCACCACAGCUACCACUCACGUGACAGUGAUGAAAGGAGACAUUCGAGACUACAAUCUGCUCCUUGCUGCCAUGCAGGGAGUUCACGUGGUUAUUCACACAGCUGCUGUUCUGGAGUACAGAAACACCGUGCCCUUCUCGGAAAUGAGAGCUGUCAACGUUGGGGGUACUGAAAACGUGUUAAGAGCCUGCUGCGCCCUGAACAUCCAGUACGUUGUCUACACAGGCUCCAUCGCUGCGGUGGGACCCAAUACCUCGUGUGAGCCCAUGUUCAGGGGAAAUGAGGACACCAAAUACAGCGGGGAGGUGGAGCUGCCUUAUGGGAAGACAAAGGCCAUGGCAGAAAAACUGGUAUUUGAAGCCAAUGGAAAAAAGCUGAGCAACGGUGGUAAACUCAGAACCUGCAUCAUCCGUCCAAACACAGUGUAUGGGGAGAAAGCAACAUUUCUGCAAGACUUGUAUUUGCUUGCCAAAGCCAGGAACGGUGUGAUGGACUACCUGGAGCCUGAAAAUACAGAGCGUAACUACACAUAUGUGGGGAACGUCGCAUGGAUGCAUGUUCUUGCAGCAAAGAACUUGCAGCUGAAACCAGACUUACUCGCAGGACAAGUGUAUUACUCCUAUGAUGACACUCCAACAAGUAAAAGUUUUCUGAUAAGGCAUGAGCUGUUGUCCUCUAUGGACCCCUCAGUGAGACUAGGCUCACACAUCCCUUACUGGAAGAUGUGGUUAAUGAUACAAUUGCACAGGAUAAUCAAGGUCAUCCUGUACCCUUUCUGGAAGCCACCACCUUUCAUAGAUUUGCCUUUACUGAACACAAUAGUCACCACCUUCUCCUACGAGACAGACAAAGCCUCCAGGCAUUUUGGGUACAAACCCCUCUUCACCUGGAAAGAGAGCAAGCACAGAACUGCACAGUGGUUGAAAGCAGCUGUAGGGAACCUGGAACUCCCCCAACCGCAUGAAAAGAAGAACUAAGCAGCAUGUUUGGUGUGAGGAGAGAGCUUAUUACACCAGCAAGCUCCAUCUGAACUUCACAACAUGCACAGCUCUCUGGCAGAAAUUUUGUAAACACUGAGAAAUCCUGACAUAGAGAAAGAGCAAAACUCUCUGGCUGCAAAAAAAAACCCUUGCCUUGCCAACAGCACAGAUAUUUUAUGUGUCAUAUGAAACACCAGGGUGCAUUUGAAACCAUCCUCCAGCAGGUACACGCACACAGAUGCAGGGCUUGCUGCCCUCACUCAUCCCCACAGUGCCACCACUGCAGAAGGAUCACUCCUGGGAACAGGAGAGAUGGGUUCAGAUGAGAGAUGGUGCACAGAAAACCCCUUUUUGAUAAAAUUAGUUACCCAGUUUUGUUCUCCAGCCUGACCGGCCUCCAUCUCUUUCCAUGCUCAGCAAAUGGACCUCUCCCUUGCCCUGGUCUUGGGCAGCUGGUGGGAUAGCUGUACCUGGCUCAUACACUCAAGGAGUCUUCAGUGAUAAUUUUGGUGAAGACAAGGAAAGCCCAGCAAGUUCUUGCUCUGUUUGGGGGUUUAAUAAAAAGAAAAAAAGAAUACCCUUUUCCAGAGCUACUUUUUUUCAAGACGUUUUCUGUUAUUCUUAACGCGUGGAAUUUUAUAUCUGUUUUUAAGUAGUACCCUUGUAAAAGGAAACUUCCAAUCUCUUGCACUAACAAUGCGUAGGCUGACUUACUUUCUA